AUGUUGGUGUCUGAACCCCCAGCACCUCAGAAUGUGACCUUAUUUGGAGGCGGCCGAGGGAGUGAAGUCACCUGCCGGCCGGACAGAGCGCUAGGACGAGAGGAGGGCCACCUAGAGGUGUUCCAGAAAGGCCGGCAGAGAGGGUUCCCCCCGGACCAGCGAGACGUUCGUCCCCGAGGGCUCCAGACACUCGGCCUCAGUACACAGGUCACCAGCGACACUGGCGCUCGGAACUUAGCUGAGGACACGAGGAAAGGCGUCCACAACCCAGCGAGUAUCCAUUGGCAGUGCCUGGAGCCGGGGAAGCACAGGGGAGCAAGGCCCGUCCCGGGGACCCCCCAGGAGGGCGGGACACCACCAGGAAGCCACCGCCACGUCCCCGAGGAAGGCAGGAAGGCGGGCCUUGCGCUAAGGUGGCUCUUACUUCCCGCAGGACCUGUGACUGAUUUCAGCAAGCCGGCCCAGCUCUGGUGUCCUCAGGUUGUCCUCCCACGGCGCCCCCUGCCCUCCGUUCGCUGGAGGACGGCCGUCCCCACCCCAACCGCCCGGGAAGCUGUUUCCACCUGCGACACUUUCACUCGCCAGCCCACCCAGGCCAGCGGGAUCUCUGGAAUCCCAGACCAUCAGAGCGGGGCCGCGGGGCGGGCCUCUGGGGAGCAUCGGCCUGUGAUUUUGCGGCUGGGGUUCCAGGAACCCACACAUAGAAUCUGCUUGGAGAACACCGUGCGGCUGCCGCUGAAAAUCCCGAGAAGAUGGGGCCCAUUGUUAUGAGUGAUUCGCUUUCCUGUUCUUUCUCCCAAACACACGGACAGAUCCACUUGGAACUUGUGUUUCUUUGUUGUUGUUUAAUAAAGCAGCAAUCAUAUACCGUGUGAGAUAAUGGAA